AUGAUGAUUGGUGCUUGGAAGCAAAUAAUGGGUUGGAAGAAAAAAGCCAAAGAGUUGUUCAGCCCAAGAGAGGUUUUCUACCUCCUCACCAUCACAAUCCUCAGCCUCCUCCUUCCUUUGUCUUUCCUUCUCUUAGCCACUCUCUCUGCUGCCCAAUAUUACCUUCAGACCCUAACUCUGUUCCAAUACUCACCACAACACUUUCCCUAUCUUUUCCACCUCGCCCUCCACAUCAACCCAUGUAUUCUCUACGUUCUGGUUUCCAUUGUGAGCGUAGGGACCCUGAUCCAGGGGCUCAUGGGUGAAAAAAACACAAUUUUUAGUCAGACACCGUCCAAGUCCUCAUGUCUCUCUUUAGCGUGGAUUCUCCUUUGCGCGUUCCAAGUUUGCGUUGGUUUGGGCAUCGAGGAAAGCAUUGCGGCUGGGCUUUAUGAGUACGAUGAUGACGUGUCCAGUUCCGGCGCCGAGAGAAGCCUGCUGAGCAGGAUGAAUUUUCUGUUGGGCUUGCACGAGACGACCCACGUUUGGUGUCGGAUGGUGGUGAGGCCCGUCGUGGACGACACUGUGUUCGGAGGGGCUCGAAAAGAGAGGUGGGUGGAGAGGGCGGGCCUGGCUGCGGGCUUGGGCACCUUGUGGUGGUGGAGGUUGAGGGAGGAGGUGGAGACUCUGGUGGUUGUUGGCCAAGUGAAGAAUGAGCAAAUGAUGGAUGUGGGAAUUGGUGAUUUUAUUGGAUGGUGGUUGUAUUAUCUCAUUGUGACAAUUGGGAUGGUGAGGGUUGUGAAAGGUCUCAUGUGGAUGUUCAUGAUUUCUCUCUGUAGAAGAAGGCCUACAACAAUGGAGGUGGAAACCAGUGAGAACGAUGACAAGGUGUAA